AUUGUCAACAAAAACAAAGAUACUGUAUAUUUUGUCGGUGUAUUUUAGAAAAUUUUGAAACUGAUAAGUAUUUGAAAUAUGUGAACAUUGCUCCUAUGAAUUUCGAAUUCAGAAAAGAACAAGAAAGCAGCUCCAGUUUUCUGCAAUGACGUUAUAUUCAGAAAAUCCAGUGAUUUUCCCAGAACCUGGUUCAAUAUCAGUGAAUGGAAUUUGGCAUUCUCUUCAACCUCUUCUAGCAGUUGCUAGCUUUUCCCAAGAUAAAGGAGGGUUCGUCAUAAUUUUUGAUGAACUGGGUGACUCACUGAAAGACCUAAAUUAUCCCAUACACAGAAGUUAUCAAGUUACUGCCCUUACAUGGCACCCAGAAAAAACCAUUUUGGUCACCGGCUGGGAAAAUGGAGACCUCAAAGUUUGGAGCAGUCCAGAAAAGGAGUUCAUCAAUGUUGUUGGUCCCCACAAGGCACCUAUAACCUUACUUGAAUUUAGUGAAAAAGGUGGCAGAUUAGUUUCUUGUGAUUCAGCAGGUUCAGUUGUGGGAUGGAAGGUGGAUGGCAAAGGUGAUACCAACUUGACAUUUCACUUGGACUUGAAGGAAUCUGUGACUCAUUUGACAUUCCGGCUAACUGUCAAAAAUAACCUUGACUAUGACGUGGAAGGUCUCGCUAGGGCUGCCGUUAAUGGUGAUGAGCAUGCCCUUGACAUGUUUAGCAACUGGAGGCCCAAAACUACAGCAAGGAAGUUCAAAGUCCAUGAUGGGGCUGAUAAUUUGAAUUUGUUUGUUGCUACUCAAGCCGGGUCGAUAUACUACAUCAACAAUAAUGGCAGCUGUGAGGAAGUCUUGAACACUCAAGGCAUUUCUCUGUCCUGCAUUUUACACCACCCAUCCAAAGACUCGAUAAUCGUCAUGAUGGAUAGCUUUACGAUCGGCCAUUUUUCCGUGGAUUUUCAAGGACAUUUAACAGAAAUAGCGAGAGUCAAACUCAGUGGUAGAAUGCAGGCUCGGAUGGUAGGAAGCCAAGGACUAGUAUGGGCUACACACAAUAAUCUAGCUGUUUUGACAGGGGAUUUGAUUGUGCGUAUAUGGGACAUACAAACGAAUGACAACUAUGUUCUACCGACUUCGAUGAAGUUUUAUGAUAGUGAUGUUAAAAAUAAUUCGGUGAACGAGAUUUUUACAUGCAUAGCUUAUUGCAACUCUAACCAAACGUUAUGUGCUGGCACCAAUAUAGGAAGGAUAUAUUUUUGGACGAAAAAACAGAACGUGGACGAAAUAGACAACCCUGAAGACAGCUGGGAACUAACCAACGUAAAUACAAUAAGCGGCACGAUAAAACAACUCAUGUGGGGCACAAUGUUGUUCAGAAUGCCGCUCUUGAGCGUCAAUUGCGUCACUUCCGUUUUCAUAAUGAAAGAACAGAGCAUAUGCAACGGUUUCAACGAGAGAAUUUGGGCCACCCAGAAAAACACCACCCAAGUUUUGGUCGAGAGCGAAAAUUCAAAUCGUUUAAUGGAUUUGGAGUCACAGGUGAACGAUAUGGCCGUUUCGGACAGUUUGAUGGUUUUCACCAACAGCAGAAGUAUUUUUAUAUACGAGGUUGCUUGGAACAGUUCCAGUACUGCAACAACUCAGAAAGCUGACGCAGACCCGGAGUUCUCCCUCAAACAACUCACAAGCUUCAAUCACGACAACGACGGUAUAACCUUGUACGACAAGACGAUAAUAUCCAUAAAUUCCAAAGCGGUAACUCUGCACACUUCCGGUGGUUCUCUUUUGUUCACCAUCACUUCCGGUUUGGGCGAGGGCGAACCGAUCGGGAUGCACGUGACCGGAAGUUAUUUGACCGUCUUCACCAUGGACGGCUACCUGAAGAUGUACGACGUUUCGGAACAUCAACCCAAGAUGCUGGGCCCCAUCAGGAAUCUGUACGAUAUGGUCGGGGAUUUCGGAGAGAUUGUCCAAGCGAAAAUAAACGCCAAUGGCACAAAGGGAAAGAAGAACGAGGAUGGAGAAAAAGUGUGGGAGGGAGAGAGAGACAAUCAGAGUCGGUUACAGAUAGAUGCAGAUAGAUACAGACAGAAACUCAUACAGACAGACGCAGACAGAUACAGACAGACAGAGAGAGAGAGAGAGAGAGAGAGAGAGAGAGAGAGAGGAUGUUUUUUAAUUUUUGUAUGA